AUGGCAGCGAACAGCCGGAACUUGAAACAAGUGCGGAUCGAAAACAGCUCCCCGGCGGCCCCGCUCGGCAUGGUGGGGGGCGGCGGCCUGAAGGGGAUGCGGGGCCUGGAGGCGGACAACGAGGUAGGGGCCAUGGCGCUGGCGCAGGUCAAAGAGGCUGGCGACGAGGAGCAGGAGGUCGGGUUCACCAUCGACAUCAAGAGCUUCCUCAAGCCCGGCGAAAAGAGCUACACGCAGCGCUGCCGUCUCUUCGUGGGGAACCUGCCCACCGACAUCACCGAGGAGGACUUCAAGCGCCUCUUCGAGCGCUACGGGGAGCCCAGCGAGGUCUUCAUCAACCGCGACCGCGGCUUCGGCUUCAUCCGCCUGGAAUCUAGAACACUGGCUGAAAUAGCAAAGACAGAACUUGAUGGUACUAUUUUGAAGAGUAGACCACUUCGUAUUCGAUUUGCUACACAUGGAGCUGCCUUAACAGUCAAGAAUCUUUCACCUGUGGUUUCCAAUGAGCUUCUGGAACAAGCUUUUUCUCAAUUUGGUCCAGUGGAGAGGGCUGUUGUUGUUGUAGAUGACCGUGGCAGAGCUACAGGAAAAGGUUUUGUAGAGUUUGCAGCAAAACCUCCGGCAAGGAAGGCUCUAGAGAGAUGCAGUGAUGGGGCAUUCUUACUAACAACAACACCUCGACCUGUUGUUGUAGAACCCAUGGAACAAUUUGAUGAUGAAGAUGGGCUACCAGAGAAAUUAAUGCAAAAAACACAACAGUAUCAUAAGGAAAGAGAGCAGCCUCCACGUUUUGCUCAACCUGGAACAUUUGAAUUUGAGUAUGCUUCCCGAUGGAAGGCUCUUGAUGAGAUGGAAAAGCAGCAGCGAGAACAGGUUGACAGGAAUAUUAGAGAAGCCAAAGAGAAACUAGAGGCAGAAAUGGAAGCAGCUAGACAUGAACAUCAGUUAAUGCUGAUGAGGCAAGAUCUCAUGAGGCGCCAGGAAGAACUGAGACGUUUGGAAGAACUUAGAAAUCAAGAGCUACAGAAACGCAAGCAAAUACAAUUGAGACAUGAAGAAGAACAUCGACGUCGUGAAGAAGAGAUGCUACGGCAGAGAGAACAGGAAGAACUGAGACGACAGCAGGAAGGAGGAUUUAAGCCAAAUUUCUUGGACAAUAGAGAACAGGAAAUGAGAAUGGGUGAUAUGGGUCCUCGUGGAGCAAUAAACAUGGGAGAUGCGUUUAGCCCAGCACCUGCUGGUAACCAAGGUCCUCCUCCAAUGAUGGGUAUGAAUAUGAACAACAGAGGAACUUUACCUGGCCCUGCACUGGGUCCUGGUCCUUCCAUGGGACCAGAAGGAGCUGCAAAUAUGGGAACACCAAUGAUGCCAGAUAAUGGAGCAGUGCAUAAUGAGAGAUUCCCACAAGGAGGCCCAUCACAGAUGGGUUCACCUCUGGUUAGUAGAGCAGGCUCCGAAACUCCUCAGCCGCCAAUGAGUGGUGUAGGUGCCGUGAGUGGUGGACCUGGUGGCUUUGGUAGAGGAAAUCCAGGGGGCAACUUUGAAGGACCUAACAAACGUCGCAGAUAUUAA